GUCCAUUAGUCGAACGGAUACUCCAUAUCAGUUCAUCAAUCAUUCGAUUACUUUGAGAUAGUCUUGGACGAGCUUGUGUACACCACUCCUUCCGCUCCUGCUUUCACUCCCACCGUGUUCGCUACAACCUGACCUUCCAUCCACAUGUCUCACCACCAAUAACUCCCCAUGCGACUCGACCGCGGCGUGUUCGCCGCAUCCCGCACUCAUUGGACCUGUACUGGGUGCAAGUCCUCUCUACGCCGGGAAUUUAGUUCCUAUAGGAGACCUGUUCGAGUAGUCCGACCGACGAAAGCUAUCUACUGGGCUGCGGCUGGCGGUGCUUUAGGUGGAAGCCUACUCUUUUUCACCGAUGAUAUCAAGCAUGGGUGGAAUGCUGCCGCAAGAACAGGAAGGGUGAUAUCUGCCCUGGCUGUAAACAUUAACGAUUACCGAACGACAUUGAAACAAGAUCUCGGUGAUGCGGAAGAAGAAAGUCGCCUCCUCAAAGCUUGCCACAAGCGAUGCGCCGAACGGACUUUGAAAGUGCUCGAGAAGAAUGGAUCAAUAUUCAUCAAGCUCGGCCAGCACCUGUCGUCGAUGGGAUACCUCUUGCCCACCGAAUGGACCGAAACCUUCAUCCCUUUGCAGGACAAGUGUCCUGUUUCCUCCUAUGAGUCGAUCGAAGACAUGUUCAUUCGCGACACAGGACAUCGGAUAGAGGACGAUUUUGCAGAAUUUUCCAAGGAACCUAUUGGGGCCGCUUCCUUGGCUCAAGUGCACAUUGCAAGGCUCAAAGACAGUGAUCAACAGGUGGCAGUAAAAGUACAGCAUCCCAGCUUGGAGGAGUGGGUUCCUUUAGAUCUGGCCUUGACCAGAUUUUCGUUCCGGACAUUGAAAAGGGCCUUCCCGGAAUACGAUAUGGAGUGGCUGAGUCAAGAAAUGGACUUCUCACUUCCUCAGGAACUCGAUUUCACUCUUGAGGGUGCUAAUGCCACUAGAGCAAGAGAGUACUUUUCGCAACAUGCCAAGUUCCCUCUGAUAAUACCGAAGGUCAUAUCAGCAAGCAAAAGGAUCUUGGUCAUGGACUUUGUGACAGGCGCGAGAGUUGAUAAUACCGCGUAUUUCGAUCAACACCACAUCUCCAGGGACGAAGUAUCAGCGACACUAGCGAGGGUAUUUAACGUCAUGAUCUUCAAGAGGGACGCACCUCUACAUUGCGAUCCCCAUGGGGGCAAUAUUGCCGUUCGACAUAAUCCCAAUCGACGAUAUCCCUACAACUUCGACAUAAUCCUGUAUGAUCACGGACUAUAUCGGAUGCCCGACAAUAAGUUACGCAGGGACUAUGCGAGAUUAUGGCUGGCUGUGAUUGAUGCCAACGAGGACCAGAUGCGAAAGUAUGCCUACGAAGUUGCUGGCAUCACCGACGAGCAAUUCCCGCUGUUUGCUUCUGCCAUCACGGGUCGGGAUUAUCGCGUGCUGACGAACAAGAAAGUGGCGACGUCAAUGCGGGAUGAGCAAGAGAAGGAGAGUAUCAACGAAGUUUUUGGUGAGGAUCUUCUCCAGCAGCUUGUUCAGUUGCUUGGAGAUGUUCCUCGAAUCAUACUCUUGAUCCUCAAGACAAAUGAUCUGACACGAAGCUUGGACGAGUCACUUGGAUCGAAACAACCUAUGCGACCCAUGAUGAUCCUUGCAAAGUUCGCGAGUCUCACUGUGUGGGAAGAAGAGAAGGAGAAGAUCCGACAACGCGGCGGAUUUUUGAAUCCUCGAAACUUCUUGCCUUUGCUCAAGGCCUGGUUAAGUCAUAUGAGGAUCGAACUGAAGCUCUUUGGGUACGAGCGAUAUUUGUCUCUACGCCGGCAUUUACACCUUGAUUGAUGAGGUGGGUGACCCAUCAGUAUAUACACAUACAUACGCAUACCAAGUCUAUUGCAGACGAACAUUGUGUUUGUUGAAUGAAUUUUAGCGAGGAGUUUUGUUAUUGAUAGCGAACUGGUACAUAGACAAUGUUACUAAGUAUAUAUUGAACAUAUGCGACACUAUUAC